CUACUCCCGUCUAAGCCGAACCCAUCACCCACCACUCCACCAGUCCCUCACCUCAGCCCACAACUACUAUGCCUCUGCCUCUGAGCCCUUUUCUCUCUCUCUCUCUCUCUCUCUCUCUCUCAACCAGAACCAGAAACACAAACAGUCGUCGCCGAGAUGGGUGCGCAGUCUACGCGCAAUCCCCGCGCGCCAGAGACGGGAGCCUGGAGACAGAGAGAUGCGACUAUAAAUUUACCCGCAGCCUAGCCUCUACACUUCCCCGUCUCUCUGUUUUCUCCUCUCAUGCUCCUCGAUUGAUUCCUCCUAUCGCUCUGAAAGGAAACUGAGAUUUCGGAUCUCACUUCCUUUCUCUUGUUCCAAAUCCGUGUGGGUUGGUUGGUUGGUUGUUGUUGUUGUAGUUGCGUGGUUUAAUUAUCGUCCUUUCUUUCUCUUGAUGUUGCUGUUUUACGUUCCGGGUCAAGUGGGGAACAUGGAGACACUACUGGAGGCAGCGGUUGAUCGAUCUCUUCCUGGUUUUGUGAAGAAAACACAAUACUCAAACUACCCACAAAAUCCAUGAAUCGAUCGAUAAACCUCUGCAUCCAGUGCGCUUGUUCCUCAACCCCUUCUCUAUUUUGCUUGCAUCUCUGAAUUUUUGGGUUAUUCAAUCCUCAAUUAUGGUCUGUUUUGAGUCUGUCAUUUGCUAGAUCUGUGACUCUAUUUAAAAUAUGAAAACUGGGAUCUAUCUGUUUGUUUGUCUUGAGUUCAUAUACUUACUAGGUGAUGGUGGAUGAGAUUUGCAUUCAGCAGGAACUGUUAAUCAUUCUGCAAUCUUAACAAGUUCGUGGAGUGCUAUUAGAUCUGGCCCCUUUCCUCUGGCUUACCUCAGAUUAUCUUUUCAUGCAUUCACUAUUAUUUGGUUAUGCUAGGUAAUUAGGCGGUCAAGAGAACAGAGGAUUCUUUAUGAGCUUCUUUCUGAUGGUGGUGGUCAGAAAAGAAAAAAGUAGUAACUUGUCUGAUUGAAGUAGUGAUAAAGUGAUGUAUCCAUCCAUCUUUAGCAAAAGUUCUCUCCGCACUGGGGUUAGUGAUGUGGUGGGUAGGCACGUUUGCCAUAUUGCUUUAUUUCCUUCCUCCCCUGCAUUUUAUUCCUACGAGAUAUUGUAUUAAUUUGAUCUCCCUAACGGCUUGAUUCCAGUGAAAUGAAGCCAGCAGAGAAUCUGGUAUCGCAUUCCUUGUACCAAACUUUGGAAAUGAGUACCUUUCUUUUUUGGGUUCCUUGUGCGGACCGAGUACUCAAACCUGGGUUGGGGAGGGAGUGAGUAAAGGAGAAAAUUUGGGGAACAAAAGCAUCUCAUCCUAAAAAGAGAGGUGCAGAGAGAAAGAAGAGCACCUGGAAAACGUAUGCAAGUGAAAAGGGAUAUUCUUUUUUUCUCUUAUGUCAUCAAUUGGGGUGUCCUUUAUUUGUAUAUAUAUAUGUAACAAUAGUGAUUGGUGCAGGUGGUCUGAAAGCCUACUUUCUCCUUACUACUACUACUACUACUACUCAGCAGCAGGUCAAUCUUAUUCCAGGAUACUGAGAGAGAGUUAAUGGAAAGAUGAUGAUGCUGAUGUAUUCUGUUCAGCGGUGUGAGAAUCGAAUUCACUGCUGGACAUUUCUAGACGAUAGGGCAUUGCUAUGGAGCUAUUUAUUGUGAUUCUCAUUUAAUUGUCCGUUUGUUGUAAUACCCUGCACUGUGGGUUACUACAGUUGAGAAAGUAGGACUAAUGAUGAUGUCAUUCUGGCCUUCAGUAAUAACGAUCUCAUUAGGUUUCCUUCUUUGGCCAAGAUCUGCCUAUGCUAUGAUGGUAGACAGUAUUUGCUAGUUGAGAUCCUCAACAGUCGAGUGAAUUCUCUAGGCUGUAAUACUGACCCUGAAGUUUCCGUAAAAGGUGGGUUGAAUGUCUUUCAUCUCUUUCGCUACCUGCCCUGCCCCAUUAGUUCUAAGAGUUCCUUGGCAACGAGAUUUUUACUUCCUGUUGAUAGACACAAAGCGACAUGGUUCGAGCCAAGUGGGCUCUCGCAUGAGCCAUUAGUUGAGUAUUUGAGGGGUUGCUGAAGUCGUGAAAUCGAUGUUUUAACUUGUUAUGGUGUCGAGUGGAACAAAAGUCUCCUGGACGU